CACCUCAGCACACAGUCGACACUACCAAGUCACGUGGUGGACAUUAUUCUCAGUUAACACAGUGAAAAGAAAGGCUCUCGCUCCUGCUCAGUGCAAAGUGCUGCGCUCCAGUCUCAGUUUGGUGCCACAUCCCAUCGACGCUCAGAUCCGAGGCUGCUGCCCUGAAGAGAGAAGCCUGUCCGCGGCAGGAAGCGACUCCACCACAGCGGAAGCCACCGCCUUCAGUUUGUCGGGAUCAUUUCCCACCUGCUCUUGAGUCGCGAGGUGUCUCGGGGAGCAUGCGUUUGACGCGCAGGUGAAUUUAUUUUUUGCCACUUCAACUUCGUCGCUGUGCAAACUUUUUCAAUCCCGCCUGGUUUGUUUUGCUUUCCUUUCCUAUCUGUAUUGUUUUUGCUUCACCUGAAAUUAACGCGGAUUAAAACAAAAAUCUUGAGAUAUGUCUCGCAAGAAGUCUGCCAGGGGCAAAGCUGCGUCCAGCAGCCCGUCCACGGGCAGCCCCACCGGGAAAGCAGCGCGGAGCAGCCCGGCCAUUGUUCAGAUGAACGGAGUGGUCCAUCCCAGCAGACCGUCCAUCAGCAACAGCAGCGAGUUCUAUGACAUCGCCUUCAAGGUGAUGCUGGUUGGAGACUCUGGCGUUGGGAAAACCUGUCUACUGGUCCGCUUUAAGGACGGAGCGUUCCUGGCGGGCAGCUUCAUCUCCACUGUUGGCAUUGACUUCAGGAAUAAAGUCCUGAACAUCGACGGAGUCAAGGUGAAGCUCCAGAUAUGGGACACCGCCGGACAGGAGCGCUUCCGCAGUGUCACUCAUGCCUACUACCGCGACGCCAACGCUCUCCUUCUGUUGUAUGACGUCACCAACAAGACAUCCUUCGACAACAUACAGGCGUGGCUGACCGAGAUCCAUGAAUAUGCCCAACAGGACGUGGUGCUCAUGCUGCUCGGAAACAAGGCGGAUGCCACUCACAACCGGGUGGUGAAGAGGGAAGACGGAGAGCGGCUGGCUAAGCAGUUUGGAGUUCCCUUCAUGGAGACCAGCGCCAGGUCGGGCCUCAACGUGGAGCUGGCGUUCACUGCUGUGGCUCGGGAGCUGAAGCACAGGUCCCUGAAGGAUCCCAGUGAGAAGUUCAAGCUGCAGGAGUACGUCAACCAGGAGAUGAAGGGCACUGGGUGCUGCAGAUCUUAAAGCCUGCUGCACUCACUCUCUGGAUAUGUGUGUGUGUCUGUGUGUGUGUGUAUCACUCAUCUUCAUAAAGUGUGUGUUUAUGCCUGACACGAUCAGAUGUGAGGAGUCAGCUCCAGCGAGGUAUUAAAAUGUUUGUCCUUCUGAUUCUCUACUGUCAAACCUCUCAGUUGUCACAGCGUCGGUCUGUUGUCCUGUCCUCCUCCAUCUCGUACGUCUGUCAUUCUCUUUUAACCCCCGGACGUAGAAUGUGACACGUUGCCAAAAUCUCUGCAUCAACGUGUUUAGUGAUUUUAUUGUAAAGAGGAUUAAAAUAAACUAUUUGCGGAGACAAGGAAAAUGUAUUUUAGAGCCUUUUUGUUUUUUUCUCGCAUCCACUUCAAAUUUCAGUGAAAAUAUUUUGGAAAGUUCUCUUCUUGCUCCAUGUACGGAUGAGUGUCCAUGUAACAGAUGUGUAGCGAUUUGUCUUCUGCCCAUAGGUUCAGUGUUCACAUCUGGAUUUUAAGCUCCGCAGAGCCAGGUUUAGCUCACCAGCAUAAACUCAGUCUAAGUAUUUCCAGGAUUCAGCUGUGGAUAUCUGGGAUCAUGUAUAACGUCAACAGAAUAAAAGCAAAUCAAUGUUUUUGUAUUCAAAAGAUACUGAGUAUAGCAGCAUUAGCUUGUUUUAGUAGAUAUAGAUUUGUGCUAAGUGCAAAUAUUAAAAAGUAGUUCAAGCGGAUCGACAGAAACAUGACAGUGCAUGGGUUCCACGACCUCCAACAGUUUUCAUUAUCGGAAUAUUUUCUAUGACAGAGGAUCAGUUCUGAGUCCUGGCAAGCUCCAGUUCUUGAUAAUGCAAUGUUUUGUUUUGGAAAUAUUCUAAAACAGAUGGUCAAACACCUUAUGUGUAAAAACUUAUCACAUUUAUUUCUGCACGUUAGAAAAAAAGUAGAUAGGAAAGUAGCACUUUAGGUGAAUAAUGGCCGUUACUGGGGUUUUGGGAAUAAAAAUCUGGAGUCUGUUGACAAUGUUGCCUGAAGUAUUGUAAAUGAAACAUUUAUAAUUCUGUUUUUAUUUCACUGCUUUAGUUGUAGCCGGUGGAAAUGUCACUAGACUGCUUCAAUAAUUCCUGCUUUAGUUUUGCAUUCAUUCAUAUACACAGAUUAAAUAUAUAGUGCCGGAGUCUAUAACAUUUUUUUUGCCCUUAUGAUCUGUUAACAGUAUUAAUCCUAUUUAUAAAGAAUCGUAACCCUCUAUUUAACAGUAAGUUGAUAUAGUAGAUUUCACCUUUGUCAUAUAAUUUAAAUAUACAGUAUUUACUUAACAUGGUUUUACUAGAUUUCAAUGUGCAGCUUCUUUCUUGUAACUGAAAAUAAACACAAUAAAAAACGGGUAACGUGGCUUCGAGCCUUUUUAAUCAUGAGCAUAUUUCAGAUUCACUGACACAAAUCCUCCUCUUACACUUGAAUGAAUGGAUCGCUGCUCAAAAACAUCUUCAGGCCUUUCUCCUCAGUCACUGUAUCAAAUAUAUUUAACACCCACACCUGGUUUACAUCACAGAGUGUGGUGCCGUGGGUUAAAGCACAGGUUUAAAAAUUCCUUUGUCUCCCUCUAGUGGAUAAAUACCCUUGACAUGAAAUGAUUUUAAUUUGUUGGUGUUAGAAAAAAAGAAAUGGGAAUUCCGGCCAAAUAAACCACAUAUCAUACAUUGACAUGCAGCUGAUUGAUUGUGUAUUCAAAGUAAAAAUGUUUAGUUGUACCUGCAUUGCCUGGCAUCAUAACCUUGAAGGUUUGCAGAUAGCAGAUGAGACAAACAAAUAAAUAUAACUGAAUAAAUAUUAUACCCAUACAUGGAAA